CCGAGCUGUAUGCCAUCGUCUUUGUGUGUCCAUGAUCUGCGUCAUUAUCUAUGUACUCGCAAGAUCCGAGUUAGGCGAUCAACAUGCUUUUCGGCUGCAACAAGUCUGUGCCCUUCAAUCCAGCGAGUGAUAUUCCAUCGCUUGCCGGCAAGGUUAUCUUGGUGACCGGGGGAAACGUCGGUCUCGGCAAGCAAUGUAUCGUGCAGUUUGCGAGACACAAUCCCCGGCAGAUCUGGUUGGCGGCGCGGAACCCCGAGCGCGGCCAGGCAGCAGCCGACGAAAUGCGACAGAUUGUUCCGAACGUGCCGGUCCGAUUCCUGGAACUGGAUCUAGCCUCCUUCGACUCGAUCCGCAAAGCCGCCCAAACGGUUCUCACGGAAUCCGACCGCCUGGAUAUCCUCAUGCUCAACGCCGGGGUUAUGGCCGUGCCGCCGGGUCUUACCAAGGACGGCUACGAGAUCGAGUUCGGCACCAACCACAUGGGCCACGCCCUCCUGACUAGGCUCCUGAUGCCUCUGUUGCUCAAGACCGCCGACUCCGGCGCGGAUGUGCGGGUUGUCUCCAUGACGUCGACCGCCUUCAAGCAAGCCCCCAGCGAUGCUCUGGACUUUGCUCGGCUCAAGAGCACCGCCGAAGACAUGGGUGGCUUUGGCCGGUACUCCCAGAGCAAGCUGGCCAACAUUCUUUGGGCACGGCACCUGGCCAAACUCUAUCCCCAGUUGACCGUGGUCUCCGUUCACCCAGGUCUCGUCCAGACGGAACUGAUGGACCGAGCAAGUGACGCGCCGGCCCUCCUGCGAGCCUUCCGCGGUGUGGCGAAAAUGAUGGCAGUCACCGUUGAGCAAGGUGCCAAGAAUCAGCUCUGGGCGUCGGUGUCCGAGGGGGUCAAGAGCGGCGAGUAUUAUGAGCCAGUGGGCAUUUCAGGACAGAUGACCGACAAUGCGAAAGAUGACCAACUGGCAGAAAAACUGUGGGAUUGGACUCAGAAGGAGCUUGCGAGCUAG